AUGAGUACGGAUUUAAGUUUCGAUGUGGGACUGUGGACAUCGAUUGUGGGACUGCCACGUGUCCCUGGGGGUGAGGUUGCCCUAAUGAUGCGACCGGUAGGAACGAUGCCGAAGACAGGUGCCGAAGGCUCCCAUAACUCGGGAGUCCCCCAAGUCCUCUUGCGAGGGUUCUUGGAAGGGGAUUUGAAGUCGUCUUCGGAAGGAAAUGUUGUCCUACCGUUUGGUAAUCCAGUUGGUGGAGGGGCUCAACUUCGGCCCCUUCCGUUCUUAUUCGUUCAGAGGCUGACGUUGGUGAAGUCAGAAGGUCGCGUCGAGCGGACGGGUGAAGGGACAUCUGAGCGCUUCGACUUUCGCGCCUCGCGUGCCGUCAGUCCCCCAUAG